AUGGCGCUUUGGUUCGGCUCGAGAGAAGAGGACGACAUCGUCAUCCAUCGAACUUUCGGUGCGCAUUUGCGCGCCACGAGCGAGCUUUACGCGAGCCAACCCGCAGACGAGACGAUCGCGCUCGAGUCGUUCGAGGACGUGCUCGCAGAUAUCAUCACGCUCGAUCAGUUCUCGCGCGUGAUUCAUCGCAAAACCGCAAAGGCUUUCAGCAACGACGCCGCCGCCGCGUCUCUGGCGAGACGAGCGCUGAGCGACGACGCGUUCAUGAAACAAGCGGCACCGCUGGAACGUAUGUUCAUAGAAAUGCCGCUCAUGCACAGUGAGGAUGUCGCCGACCACGAGUCGUUGUUGGCGAUGCGAGGCAUCGACGUGAGCGGGAUCGAUGUCGACGGUGCGCACGACGACUUCGCGGUGAAACACUACUGCGUCGUGCGAAAAUUCGGAAGGUAUCCGUACCGCAACAAAGUAUUAGGACGCGUUAACACACCCGAGGAGCAGGUGUACCUAGAUAGCAGGCCGAGCACGUACGGCCAAUAG